CGCCCCGCGGCCUCGUCGCCCCGCGCCGGCGCCCUCGGGAGCUAUGCGGCCGCGCACACCAUGAGCUGGCUGUCCGGCUCCCGCGGCGUCGUGCUGACGGCCUACCACCCCAGCGGCGACCCCGGCGGUCGCAGGUCUGGCCAGUACACAAUGAACCAUGAAGACCCCAAGAAGAACCCCGAUGGAGCACCAUUUGAUCGUUCGGGUUCCCAGGACUCCUUGGAUGAAUUAUCUAUGGAUGACUACUGGAAAGAACUUGAAAAUAUCCAUGAAACCAGGGGAAAUAAUCAUGAGGAACAGGAAGCACUUGUGGUGAAAGAGCCAGAUGAGGGGGAAUUGGAAGAAGAAUGGCUGAAAGAAGCUGGUCUGUCGAAUCUGUUUGGUGAGAGUACUGGCGACUCCCUAGAAAGUAUGGUAUUUCUAUCCACGUUGACCCGAACCCAGAAGGCAGCAGUUGAGAAGCGGGUAGAGACUGUCACACAAACCAUGAGAAAAAAAAACAAACAGUACCAGAUUCCUGAUGUCAGAGAUAUCUUCAGGCUACAAAGCGACUCAAAGGGAAAAGUCUGUGAUGGAAGUGAACCUUCAACUGUAGGAACAUGUGAAAACAAAAAUGAAACACAAGAGGAUGCAAAAGGUCUAAAGUUCAGUCUUGGGACUGAUGAAAAGACAAGCCUGCUUGAAGAUACACAACUGUCUGAAACUGCCAUCAAUUUGGAGAUAUCAUUUUCGGAGCAGGCUGCUAAUCUCAAAGACAGUUCAGUAGGCAAAAUGUGCAAGGGUGGAGGGGAUGACACUCUUCUUCCUAAUUUCAGAUUGCCGAAGGACAAAACGGGCACCACCAAGAUUGGUGACCUGGCCCCUCAGGAUAUGAAGAAAGUCUAUUCUUUAGCACUGAUUGAAUUAACUGCUCUCUAUGACGUACUUGGGACAGAAUUCAAGCAGCAAAAAGCUGCAAAAAUCAAAACCAAAGACUCGGGCUUGUUUGGUGUCCCACUCUCGGUUUUGCUGGAACAGGAUCAAAAGAAGGUGCCAGGCACCAAGACCCCACUGAUUUUUCAAAAGCUGAUUUCCCAGAUAGAGGAAGCAACACUGGAAACAGAAGGACUGCUUAGAAUACCAGGAGUUGCAGCAAGAGUAAAGAGUCUUUGCCAAGAACUGGAAGCAAAAUUUUACGAAGGAACUUUCAACUGGGAAAAUGUAAAGCAACACGAUGCAGCAAGUCUUUUAAAACUCUUCAUCCGAGAACUGCCUCAGCCACUCCUCACUGUGGAAUAUCUCAAAGCUUUCCAAGAUGUGCAGAAUCUUCCAACGAAGAAGCAGCAGCUGCAAGCUUUGAAUCUUUUGGUUCUCCUUCUGCCUGAAGCAAACAGAGACACUCUGAAGGUACUGCUUGAAUUCCUCCAAAGAGUAAUUGAUCAUCGAGAUAAAAAUAAAAUGACACUAAAGAACGUUGCAAUGGUGAUGGCCCCAAACCUUUUCACGUUUCGUGGUUUUGGCUCGAAGACUAUUGAACAAAGCGAGUUUGUUAUGGCAGCUGGAACAGCAAAUGUCAUGCGCUUUAUGAUUCAGUACCAAAAACUUCUCUGGACAAUUCCUAAGUUUAUUGUUAACCAAGUGAGAAAACAGAACACUGAAAGCCAAAAGAAGGAAAAAAAGGACAAAGCUAUGAAGAAACUUCUGAAAAAGAUGGCUUAUGACCGGGAAAAGCAUGAGAAACAAGACAAGACUCCUAAUGAUGCUGAUGUUCCUCAGGGAGUGAUACGGGUGCAAGCGCCUCAUCUUUCAAAAGUUUCCAUGGCAAUACAGCUGACAGAAGAACUGAAAGCUGGUGAUAUAGUAGCCAGGUUUCUCAGCCAGAAAAGUGGAAAUGUCCAAACACUCAAGAAAGAAGAGGUCUUUCUGUAUGAAAUAGGAGGAAAUAUUGGAGAACGCUGCCUUGAUGAUGAUACCUACAUGAAGGACUUAUACCAACUCAACCCAAAUGCUGAAUGGGUUAUAAAAUCUAAGAAUAGCUAAGUUCACAACUGGGGCAGAGGAACAACCUGUGGACUGACUUUGUAAUGCUGAAUGUUUCAAAGGGAUAAUGUGUGCUUUCACCAUUCUACUGUAUUAUAUAUAAAUUAAUAGAAUCUUACCUAGUUUAAAAAAAAAACGAAAAAGGUAAUAGAAACACAACAGUGAUUACCAGUAAAUUCUCAGUUUUUCAUACAUCAAAAUAUUAGAGAUAGCACAGUUUUCCUGCUCAUAUUUGGAAUGAGACUAAGUUAAAUAUUUUAAUGGAACUAAUCCACCUUAAUGACACUCCCAUCUGACAGAUCUUGUUUCGGAAGAAUUUAUUUUUCAAGCAGAUGUUUAAUGUUUUUAUAUUAGAGAUCUACAGUCUGUUUGUAUAGAAGUGUGUGUUGAUAUAGGUUUUUACAGUGUUAAUGCACUGGAGAACCAAAUUCUGAUCAGCACUUCUGAAUGGUACAGUAUUAAAAAUACUUAAAACCAGUCACAUGAAUUUCCCAAGUGUGAAAUUCACAGGAAACAACUGCAAUGCAAUAUAUCCUGUCUUUGUCUUUGGAAGUCCAAUUUUUUCACUUUUUAGGUAAAGUUUGAUGAAAACUAUGUAAAAACAACUGUGAAGAAUGCUUUCUAUACAGCUCUUUUGCUAGAUCUUUUUAAUAUUGUUUUUUAUUCUUACUCAGGUUUUUGAUUGUAUUCCUGAUACUUUUUUAAAAAAAUAAGACAAUAUGACAAAGUGAGUCAUUGUAAAGCUCACCACUCUUGACAGUGUCCUUUUUUCAGCAAUUAUAUGUGGCCAUGUUGCAUACACUGGUUUCACUUUUCUUGAACAUCUCAUAGAUUGCAAAGCAUUCUGUGAACUGCCAAAAACUGCCAAUUAUUAGCAGAAUACAGACUUUCAGGAUGAGUAAAACAACUGUGGAGAGAAACUGUAGUUUGAAUUUUGUAGCUAGCAAACCUUUCACUCAAAAUUAAUGUGAGGAUUUACUGUAGAGUGUACUCAUGCUUUUUGGAUAAUGUUGCAGCGUGACUACCAUUAGCUUUAUACCUGAUAUCUCUGGCCCAUCCUGGACAAGCUAGAAAACAAAUUUGGAUUUCCCUUAGGUUGGUGGAUGCUGUCUAAACCACUUAAAAAUGAAUAGUCCAUCAGGCGAACUAUUGCAAAUCCUUCUCUUUGUAGGGAAGAACUGAAAGUUCCCCAUGGAAUUCACUGGUGAUUGACAUUAACUUAAUGCAGUGCAAAGUGCUGUGAACUGUAGCUUCAGACACCUAGCCCUGUAGCAAUACUCUGGGCCUACUAACUUGUCUAACACUUUACAGUUUAUUUGCAAACUUGUUCAUCCACGCUUAAAUGCUCACACCUGCAUGCCAACUACCGGAAAUAACAACUGUGAAAUUAUACCCUUGGAGCUAUGUAUUUUCUUUUGGUGCACAUACAGAGUUAAAUUGACCUCAUAGAGAAUAUUCUACAAUCAAUCAGGGCCUGAAUUAGAUUUUUUUUGACUUGAUCAAAGCCACUAAUGGGGGGGAGGAGCACACUUACUGUUGUGUGUUGGUACAGGCCUUGACACUGUGGUGUUCUCAAAAUAACUGGGACUCUCAAUCUGAUAUAUAAGCAAUGAAACAGAACUCUGAAAGGUCACAGAAAAAUUAGGCACAGCGUUCGAACAAUUUUGGGAGCAUAAAUAUUCAUUGGUUCUUAAAAGUCAAGGCUAUGUUGUUAUGGGAAGGAAGUAUUGUUCUGAAGGAUUCUGAAAAGCCGAUUUAAAAAAAAUUGGGUGGAAUAUUGUUCUAAUGUGUCUAUACUAGUCUUGACGCCCCAUCUAACUGGGUACCCCUACAUGGCAUUGCACUGUGCCGUUAUGGGCAAAUCCCAUAAGAUAAAUCAUUUUUGUCAAUAGAACAAACCUACUUCCUGUUCUUUAUAUGUAAGGAAUAGAGUAGAAGAACAGUAAACAGAAAAAAACAAUAGGUAAAUAUUUAUGAAUCUGAUGUAGUAAAUGUGUUUUUGUCAUGUAAUACAGAAAUGUGUGUUCAUAAUACUUUAUGUUCUGUAAAAGAUUACUUGUUACUGGAACUCUAGAUGUUAUUUUAAUCAGGAGUGAAGUGCAGAUGAUAGGAACAGCUGUACAGUUUCAGCAUAAAAUUGCACAGGACUGCCCUGUGUCUAUGAUCAUUUAAAUAACUUUGUUUCUGUUUUAGUGCCAUUAUAUUUUUUAAUUUAAAAGGCUUUUAUAAUUAAAUGUUUUUUUCUGAA